AUGACCAGGAGAAAGGGGAAACUUGCAUUUAUAGUCAAGGACUCUGCGAGGAAGGCAACAUACAGGAAAAGGAAGAAAGGUUUGAUGAAGAAGGUGGAUGAACUAAGCACCCUUUGGGGAAUUGAAGCAUGUGCUAUAAUAUAUAGCCCCUUCGAACCUCAACCUGUGAUUUGGCCAUCCCCGUCGUGGGUUCAAAGGGCGUUGGAAAGGUUGAAGACAAUGCCUGAAUUGGAGCUGAGCAAGAAGAUGGUGAACCAGGAGACUUUAAUGAAACAAAUGAUCUUGAAGGUAAAAGACCAAGUGAUGAAUCAAAGGAAGGAAAACAGGGAGAAAGAGAUGGACUUGCACAUGUAUAGGUGCAUCAAUGCAAGGAAGGUUCUUCCCAAUAUGAACAUGAAUGAUCUGAAUGAUCUUGCAUGGGUGAUUGAUCAAAAUUUGAAGGAGGUCGACCGAGAGUUGGAAAAAAAUGAAUAA